UAACACGUUAAAUACUUCUAGCGACGAUUAAUGAGAACCGAGAUUAGGAGACGUGUCUGUAUCUGCAGAUAAGAUGCAGCUGGUCGGCCUUCGGGUUGUUAUGGGAAAGAUCAUGUGUCCUUGGACAUGGAACUGGCUCCAGAUUAUCACUAUUCACACAGUAGUUGUGAUUCAUGUUAAUUUACUUUUUAAUAUAAUCUGGGUUAGAACUAAACUCUCAAGGACAAGGCAUUUCAUCACACUGGCAGUACCUAAUGGUGUGAUGAUAAAAACAAACGUUUCAUCCUAGAUAAAAUAAGAUAGAAUAAGCAAGAUGCAUUCAUUGACUGUUCCUUUAAUAUAAAAGUCGUAUGUUCUUUCUUUCUUUAAAAUAUAAAAAUAUGCACGAAUAAACAGCAGUAUUAGUGCUGCUGAUGCAGUCUGUCCCGGUGCUCCCUAGCAACCAACCACCUCAAACAUCGCGAGACUGCACGGGGACUAAGUUGAAGAAACAUGGCGACGUCUAAUUUAUUGAAGAAUAAAGGCUCCCUGCAGUUUGAAGACAAAUGGGAUUUGAUGCGGCCCAUUGUUUUGAAGUUACUCCGUCAGGAGUCAGUAACUAAGCAGCAGUGGUUUGAUUUGUUCUCAGACGUUCAUGCAGUGUGUUUAUGGGAUGACAAAGGCCCAGCAAAGAUUCAUCAGGCACUGAAAGAAGACAUCCUAGAUUUCAUCAAGCAAGCACAGGCACGAGUACUCAGUCAUCAGGAUGACACUGCUUUGCUUAAAGCUUACAUUGUGGAGUGGAGGAAGUUCUUCACACAGUGUGAUAUUCUACCUAAGCCCUUCUGCAAGUUGGAAAUCACCCUGCUGGGCAACCAGGGGAGCAAUAAGAAGUCCAAUGUUGAAGACAGUAUUGUUAGAAAGCUUAUGCUGGACACGUGGAAUGAGUCUAUAUUCUGUAAUAUAAAGAACCGGCUCCAGGACAGUGCCAUGAAACUGGUCCAUGCUGAGAGAUUAGGAGAAGCAUUCGACUCUCAGCUUGUCAUUGGAGUGCGGGAGUCAUACGUGAACUUGUGUUCCAACGCCGACGACAAGCUCCAGAUCUAUAGAGAGAAUUUUGAGAAGGCAUAUCUGGAUUCCACUGAGAGGUUCUACAAGACACAAGCACCUUCCUAUCUGCAACAGAACGGCGUUCAGAACUAUAUGAAAUAUGCAGAUGGCAAGCUAAGAGAAGAGGAGAAGCGUGCACUUCGAUAUCUGGAAACCAGACGUGAAUGUAACUCCGUCCAGGCACUAAUGGAGUGUUGCGUGAAUGCGCUGGUGACGUCGUUCAAAGAAACAAUCCUGGCCGAGUGUCCGGGAAUGAUCAAGCGGAAUGAGACAGAGAGUGAGUACGGCAGGAGCUCUGGCACCAAAGGCUCAGCGAGUUCAGAGCUGCACCUCAUGUUCUCGCUGAUGGACAAAGUGCCCAAUGGUAUUGAGCCUAUGCUGAAGGACCUGGAGGAUCAUAUCAUGAGCGCAGGUCUGGCUGAUAUGGUGGCCUCAGCGGAAACCAUUACCACAGACUCAGAAAAAUAUGUUGAGCAGCUCCUAACAUUGUUUAACCGCUUUAGUAAAUUAGUUAAGGAAGCAUUCCAAGAUGAUCCACGUUUCCUAACAGCCAGGGAUAAAGCAUACAAAGCAGUAGUAAAUGACGCCACAAUAUUUAAACUAGAGCUCCCUCUGAAACAGAAAGGUGUGGGUUUGAAAACACAACCAGAGUCCAAAUGUCCAGAGCUUCUGGCCAACUACUGCGAUAUGCUCCUUAGAAAGACCCCACUGAGCAAAAAACUCACCUCAGAGGAAAUAGAGGCCAAGCUGAAGGAAGUGCUCUUGGUUCUAAAGUAUGUUCAGAACAAAGAUGUCUUCAUGAGGUACCAUAAAGCGCACUUGACCCGCAGGCUAAUUCUUGACAUUUCUGCAGACAGUGAGAUUGAAGAGAACAUGGUGGAGUGGCUCAGGGAGGUCGGUAUGCCAGCAGAUUACGUGAACAAGCUCGCCAGGAUGUUCCAGGACAUCAAAGUAUCUGAAGACUUAAAUCAGUCCUUUAAAGAAAUGCACAAACACAACAAACUUGCGUUACCAGCCGACUCGGUCAAUAUAAAGAUCUUGAAUGCAGGAGCAUGGUCUCGGAGUUCAGAGAAAGUGUUUGUAUCCCUGCCCACGGAACUAGAGGAUCUCAUUCCUGAAGUUGAGGAGUUUUACAAGAAAAAUCACAGUGGCAGAAAAUUACACUGGCACCAUUUGAUGUCCAAUGGCAUUAUCACAUUCAAGAAUGAAGUUGGCCAGUAUGAUUUAGAAGUCACGACAUUCCAGUUAGCUGUGCUGUUUGCGUGGAACCAAAGGCCCAGAGAGAGGAUCAGCUUUGAGAAUCUGAAACUGGCCACGGAGCUUCCAGACGCCGAGCUGCGCCGGACUCUCUGGUCUCUUGUAGCUUUCCCCAAACUAAAGCGUCAAGUGCUGUCGUAUGAACCUGUGGUGGGCUCUCCUAAAGACUUUGCAGAAGGCACCGUAUUUUACAUCAAUCAAGAGUUUUCUUUAAUAAAAAACUCAAAGGUCCAAAAAAGAGGGAAGAUCAAUUUGAUUGGUCGAUUACAGCUCACCACAGAGAGAAUGCGUGAAGAAGAAAAUGAGGGCAUAGUGCAACUUAGGAUAUUACGCACACAGGAAGCUAUCAUUCAGAUCAUGAAGAUGAGGAAGAGGAUCAGCAACGCCCAGCUUCAGACAGAGCUGGUGGAGAUCCUGAAGAACAUGUUCCUGCCCCAGAAAAAGAUGAUCAAAGAGCAGAUCGAGUGGCUGAUAGAACACAAAUACAUCAAACGGGACGAGACGGACAUUAACACGUUCAUCUACAUGGCGUAGCCGACCACGCCCAGUGUACUCUGGGACGGUUUUUUUUUAGACACUAGACCUCCUUUGGAGGAUUCCAUAUCUGAUUUCAACCCAUUGCCCAGCCUGGCCUGCUGGGUGAUUGACUAGGUUCAAGACGCAUCACGCUGAGAAACUGCUGACAAAUCCCUGCCUUACUUCACAGAUCUAUCAAAUGAAUAAAAACAAACUUUGGAAGAAAUAGA